AUGAAAGGUUGGAGAAACGCGGGGUUGCCCCGGUUCUCCGACGUCGAAGAAUGGCAGGCUACCUACAGGAAGCUUGAUAGCGAGCUGAUAUCGUGGGGGCUCAAUUUACCCGCGGAGUACGCCUACGAGAACUCGUCUCGCCUCUUCAGUGGUUCGAAGCACAGCCGCAGUUUACACAGCGACUGGGUGCAGCUCCAUGCUACCUACCAAACUGCCAGCCAGCGGUGCCUCCUGGCUGUGGAUAAUAACCUCUCAGUGACGCGAUUUGUCGUAGAGCACAACAUGCUCGACAAACUCGGCCCUCCCUUCGCAUUCGCCCUCUGGGUAUCCGCACGACUACUUCUCGUCCACGGCUCCACCAUCGCUCACACCGUCAGCCCCGACAUCCUAUUUUUAUUGUCGAUACUCUGGCCCGCAUGGCGCGUCCUCGACGAAUACGGCGAGUACCAGCAGUCCGCCGCGACAGACGGCGAACGCUCCAAGCCGUCGACGGUCAAGAUCCUGGCCGACAUGCGCCGCUGCGCUUUUGACCUGGACUUUUUGAUCUCGCGCCAACCACGGGAAUCCCCUGUUAGUAACGGCAAUACCAAUGAAGGCCAUCAGCCGGGACCCGCGCCUAUCCUGCCGGCCCGGAACCUGGUCCCAAAUGAACUCGAGUACCUCGAUGUCUUUGGUUUCUUCAAUGUACCUCGUGUUCCACCUGCUCAUGCUCCAGACCCAACAGCUUACAGUAUUGAAUGUUCCUCAUCGAAGGAUUCUCAUGUCCGAAUAUAUAGAACAUCAGGCAAAUGA